AGGGCACUAACACCAACAGUGCGUCACUUUCCAACAUGGCGGCGCAGGGCUCUCAAGCAAAAUCUGCAGGCAGAAAUGUACGAAAUGCAGGAGAAAUCGUGCGAGGGCAGACUUUUGAGGUUGCACCUCGUUACACAAAUUUAACAUACAUCGGCGAGGGGGCCUACGGAAUGGUUGUGUCAGCGACAGACAAUCAAACGAAGCAGAAAGUUGCCAUCAAAAAGAUCUCGCCGUUUGAACAUCAGACCUACUGUCAAAGAACACUGAGGGAGAUAAAGAUUCUCACUAGGUUCAAGCAUGAAAAUAUCAUUGACAUCCGAGACAUCUUGAGAGCGCCAACAGUGGAAGACAUGAAAGAUGUCUACAUUGUGCAGUGUCUAAUGGAGACAGACAUGUACAAGCUCCUGAAGACGCAGCAGCUGAGCAACGACCACGUCUGCUACUUCCUCUACCAGAUCUUGCGAGGGCUCAAGUACAUCCACUCGGCCAACGUGCUGCACCGCGACCUCAAGCCCAGCAACCUGCUCCUCAACACCACUUGUGAUCUCAAGAUUUGUGAUUUUGGCCUGGCGCGUGUGGCUGACCCUGACCAUGACCACACAGGUUUCCUCACGGAGUACGUGGCCACGCGCUGGUACAGGGCCCCAGAGAUCAUGCUCAACUCCAAGGGUUACACCAAGUCCAUUGAUGUAUGGUCAGUGGGAUGUAUCCUGGCAGAGAUGUUGGCCAAUCGACCGCUCUUCCCCGGCAAACACUACCUGGACCAGUUGAACCACAUACUGGGUGUGUUGGGGUCUCCCAGCCAGGAGGAUCUGCAGUGUAUCAUCAAUGACAAGGCACGAGGGUACAUCCAGUCCUUACCCUUCAAACCGAAAGUACCAUGGAACAAGUUGUAUCCAAACGCAGAUGUAAAAGCCCUGGAUCUGUUAGAAAAGAUGUUGACCUUCAACCCCAACAAGAGAAUCACUGUGGAGCAAGCCCUGGCUCACCCGUACUUAGAGCAGUACUACGACCCGGCAGACGAGCCGGUAGCGGAGGAACCCUUCACCUUUGAGAUGGAGCUGGACGACCUCCCCAAGGAGCGACUGAAGGAGCUCAUCUUCCAAGAGACCUUACAGAUACAGGACAAGAACCUGGAGCACUCUUAGGACUGGACGUUUUGCAGGCUGCUUGACCACUGGGGGCAGGAAGGGGUGGGAGGAGACAGGGUUGCUGUGAAGCCAUUUUUUUCCCCUUCUUGUGAAAUCAAAAAAAUGGGACAACUGAUUGUAACUCCUUUAAAUAAGUACAUAUUUUUUUCCUCCUGAAAUAAAAAAAAAAUUGUCUUUUCCCUAGUCUUUUCAGACCAAAUUCAAGAAAUAUACCUUUUGUACUUCUUUUAUGGAGGGCUUUUCCAGUUAUGUCAAUUUUAAAAUCUAUGUCUGUCCCAGAUAGUUUAUGUAAUUCAGUCACGUCUAUGAUGUCCUCAUCCAACUGAGAUCUGAAAAAAAGAUUUCGUUGUCAAUGAGAACUUAUUUUUGCCACAUGGCAACCCUGUGUGGUGAGAGGGGGAUGGGAUGUGCUGGGUGUAGUGGUGUCAUCUUGCCGACGCUGUCGGCAACAAGACAUUGAUGUCACAAGCGUGUUUUGAUCUGAAGGGCUCGGCGUGGUUUCUGCAUGUUUGUCAUGGAGUUUCAUUGCUCUGUGCAAUGCAGCAGCAACAUUUGUGUCACGGCAGUGUGGAGUCGGGCGCUCGUCAACUUUUAGAGGCAUAUUGGAUUGGUAUAAUUCUAAAACUUUUUGAAUUGUCUUUCUGCUUUUGAUGAAAAAAAACACGAAAUUACCCUUGUAUCUUUAAUAGAAGUUGAGAUAUGUAUAAUUGAAGGAGAUUGGGGUUGUCUGAUGUCAGACGUAAAAUUGAUGAGAAAAUAAUGAUCAAAGUUUAGUGACUCCCAUUUUUACGUUUUUUGUGCCUUUGAUCAACGUUUUUGAGAAAAAUGCAAUAAGAAAUGUGUUUUUCGAUGGACAAUGAGCCCCCACCCACCUACAAAAAUUGAUAAAAAUUGCAUUUUGAUGAGCGCCUGAUUUCACCACAAUGCCGCACACAUGUGGCUCUCAUUUUUGCAUAAAGAAUUGUGGAGGAUCUUGUUUUGUGAAGAGGGGGAGGGGUAUGUUUUAAAAAAAUGCUUAGUCUUAGUUUUUCACUGUACAAUAGAGCUCAUUGUAGCACGAUGCACUGCUACAAGCAGUUGAUCUCAAGUGUUCUGUAAUAGUGUUUCAGCAAAGCUUGAAUGACGUCUGCUUUUGGGGCUCUGCCUGCCAAUUUAACAGCUUCCUGUGUCUACAUGUAUAUUGUCAGCUGAAGUUCUAUGCGGAACAUAACCUUCUGCUAUUUUACUCCCAGUAGCUUGAAAAAAAAAAUGUAUUCUUCGCCACUUUGCGGCCCAGUGUACUAUAUAUACAAAAGUUAUGUGUAGGAUGGUUGUUAUGUUGAGAAAAUGAAAUAUAUUGUAUGUCAUGAAGAGAGGAGAUUGCCCAGUAUGAGUUUUCGCAGAAAGCCUGAGCUUGAGUGAUAUCCGGUCAUAUUGUACGACGUAUCACACUGAAGUUUUCUGUGACACUUGACCUUUUUUUUGGUGUGUUUUCCAUUAUGUUACUAUGAUGGCGGUUAUUCCAUGAACUACAGUGCUAAAUGAGCUUGUACAUUCAUACUGUCGUUAAGCUGUUCCAAUGUACUAAGCCCAGAUCGCAAAAAUUUUUUCAAGAGAAAAAAAAAGACGUUUCAUUCAUUAAACAAUUGUACCUAUACCAUAUCUUCUUUUCUUGCCUUGUUCACAGUAGGAAUUUGAAUUUCGACUGAAUAUUUUUUUAGCACAUGCUGCGGACACCUCAGAAUUUUGGGCUUGGUACAUCUGAACAGCUAUGAAACUUUUGUGUUAUGUAACCUGCAGGUUGUUUGUUUCCCCUUCAUAUCCUGUUGGUUUUGUUUGUUUUUUUGUUUUUUUUGUGCUCUGAAACAUCAGAUUUUGUAAAAUUACAUUAUUAUCUUUUGGAGUGGGGAGGCUUUAACUUUUUUUCCACCUUCAUCUUCUCACUCAGCCCCAUGGUGGAACCUAGGCAGGGCUUCAACCCAAGAAUUUUGUCUCUCCGGGGUCCAAAAUGAUCCUACUAUGCUGAAAAUGCCUAUAUAUGUCUAUAUCUAUAUAUGUGAAAAAGUGUGUGUACGGAUGGAAAUGUUACUUUGUCACAAAUGACUGUGGGCUGUAAUUCUGGGGCCUGCCUCGUCAACAUUUCUGUAGGUGCCAAGCUACGUUGUUUCUUCUCAUUGUUAGUGGAAGGGAGACAACUGACACAUAUCACAAACUAUUUACAUUGACGUUUAUUUUCCCCUUAGGCGUGGCCGGACAGUUUCCUGCAGCAUCUGUGAUGUUUCAUUUCAGGAGGGGGGGCUGCUACCCAUCUGUUGUUUGAUUAAUUCCCAGCCUGGAUGGUCUGGGCUGGGUCAAGCUUUUAUGACUGCAUGUGUCUGGAAAGAAAAGAGUUCUUUUACAACAAGAGGCUGGGUGCUUUUUUUCCCUCAAGUUUCUCAUAAUCUAAAAAUGUCUUUUAUGUAUGUUUGGGUGACAAAUUUUUUGCCUGGUUGUUUCUGAGGUGUUUUUUUUCGAAGAGGAGCAUCUUUCAGGAACAUUUUGUUUAGGAAUAGAUGUAUGCAGGGGUUGUGAGAUAAGUUGUGUUUCAGGGACAUCUGGUUUAGUGUUGUAUGCUGGAUCUGUGAGGUAUGUUACCAGCAUCUUUUGAAAACAUCAGGUUUAGGAAGAAAGUGUUGUAUGCUGGGUAUGUGAGAUAUUUUCUGUUUCCACCGAGUACUGUUGAUGGUGUUAGUGUUUAGGUAGUGGGGGACAGGUGACAGAGAACACAGUAGCUUCGAUGCAUGGCAUGAUAGCUCCGUGAAAUUUUCUCUUAAUAGUUAUGGUGAUUAUAGUUUGUAACUCAGCUUGAUGAAAAUGAAGACAUUUUACAUGCUUUCUUGGAAUGGGGAUUGUGUUUUGACAACUGCCUUGUCUUAUAAUUAUGUAGACCAGAAAGGUGAAACAUCAUUUUUUGCUCUUCUUGUAAAAUCCCCUGUUUGGUUGUUUAUAGUUUGUUCAGUGUGAAGGGAGCUUUUGAGGGAGAAAAUUUUGUAAAAAUGCUUCCCAUAAACUGGAUGUUCAUGCACAAUUUUCCAUAUUGAAUUAAAAUUUGAGGACAUUAGUUCAACGUUUGACAAAUUUUUCUAAGGAAAGAGAAGAUGAGAUUAUGUGAUAAAGUUUGUUUUUCUUGGAAGAGAUUAUGUGAUAAAGUUUGUUUUUCUUGGAAGAAAAUGGUGUAAUAUACUCUGAAAAUAAUACUAGGUGAGAGGGGACUGAACCAUAAUUUGUGAAGUUUUCUGUUGAAAAUGAUGCGUAGCCCGUGUGAGGUGUCCUGUAGUAGAACUUUGCUGGGAGACCCUAUGGAUGCAUAAUUGUGGUACCGUGCCAUGCCACCUGCAGGAGAAUAUGUCAGGAGCAGGAGACAGGUCAAAAGAUCAAAAAUUUAAGAUGGGUGGGGGUGUCACCAUGUCUCAAAACAUGUCAAAUCGGUUAAUUGACUGUGAGAUGAGUUGUAGUCUGUUUUAGAAUUUUUUUCCAUGACUACCAAUUAAUAUUCAUGGACCUGUAAGUUGAGGAUUGUUGUGAGUUUCAGGUGGUAUACUUUUUUGUGUCCUUUAAUCUGUUAAGAAACUGAGGGGUAAUUUUUUAAAAUCAUGGACAAAAAUAUGUUUGAGCAAUACUGAAUUAUAGUCUGAAGGGAACAUUGUAGUUUUGGGUUGGGGGUUGUUUUUUUGGUAAGACGACAAAAAUCUGUUGCGAGCCCUAUUUUUUUUCUUCUUCUUUAAUUCAUUGAUAAAGAAAAUUGUGUGACCACAACUUGACGAGAGUUAAAAAGUGAUAAUCUGUUUCCAGACGCGAAUUCUUUGGGCUCAGUUGUGAGGUUUGCGGGAGCUUGGUGUUGUUCCUAUUUGAGCUCUGUGAUUGGCCAGGGAGCUGUCCCUGUGAUGUUUCUCUUGUUGCUUCUUGUACGAUGACGACGACAAUGACGAUGACGACGAGUAUUACAACAGUGACAUUUAUUACUCUGGAACAUUGGAUGUAGAUAUUUCAUAAAGAGUUGUAAAUUUCAUAUUCAUCCUUCUCAGCUGUGUGGUCUGUUGCCAUCCACAUCAUGCUCUUGUUUAGUGGGUUUUUUUUCUAUUCCAGUGGAUGUCUUCAUAUAUUAUGCUUUAGUUAGUGUGCUCCUUGUCCGUGGCGUAUAUGUGUAUAUGUUUAUGGUACACAUCAUGUGUGUAAUCAACGCUUGUCAUAUGAAUUUAUAUAGAACCUCAUCCGACUCUGCAGCUUUAAAUGUGUUCACGCGCAACAAGCAAACAAACGCCAGCUCGUGUUUGUUGUGGAAGGGAAAUAACUUGUGUCUGCGCGUUUCCUUCAGGAUCUUUGAAGCUUCUACUUCAAGUACUUGGAAUAACUCUUGAUGUUCAGUUUUUCUUUUGCUGUCUUUGUGGGAGAGUUGGGGUGGGGAGUGAGUGCAGAGGGAGAGGAGGGGGGGAGGCACGGCGAUGACUGCUGUGUAGAUCAAAUGUGCAAAGUUUCCUCACAUUGAGUUAGGAAAGGAGACUGUUACGUGCCGUGUACAUGUACACCUUCAGUAGUGUGAUCUCCCAUCUUCGUUGUCUUUUCAUUGUUUCAUUUGACUCUUUCAGCUGUGUGGUAUAUUGCCCCUAGAACUGGGUAUUGCAUCUGUUUGUGAUGACAUAUAUAUAUAUAUAUAUGUAGCUGACAGUUUUUAUUUGUUUUUUGUUUUUUUUAGAAUAAACAGCUUUUGCACAAAUAUUAUAAUAAAAAAUAAUAAUACUAAUGAUGAUGAUGAUAAUAUUUACCCGCACAUAAAUUACAGUUCAGACAGUUGAGAAGGUUUUUUGGGUUUACAACUGUUUUCAAAUUCAUACUUACAUUUGACCAAUGAAAUGUCAUUUCUGGUCAGGAAGGUCAGAAUGUAGUUGUUGUUUUUUUUUCUUUUUCUUUGUGUGUGCAGUAGAGCGUAGCUGAGUAUAUUUUCUGUUGACACCCAUGAAUGUAGAUGUUGCCAUUUUGGUUUUGUUUGAGCGGAAGAAAUGUCCUGAGGUUGUUCUGAAAUCAUUCUUAUCAAGUGUCUCAUUUUUUUCUACCACAGUGCUUGUCAACCUGAGCGAUAUAAUAAUCAUGGCCCUCUAAUGGGGAAUUUGGUAAUUCUAGUGGGCAAUGGGGAUUACCUGGGUAGUGACAGGUGAUAUUUGAAUGCCCCCUUUUGGAAAUACUUAUAGGUGGACGGUGCGAUAGUUUUAGCUUCCUAACUUCUGAUCUCUGGCAAGCUACUCCCAGCUGCUCGCGGUAUGAUCCGCUGUGCCGGUGAGCCGGGCUCAGGUGCACUCCUUUCCAACAACUUCGACCUCAAAUAGCAGUUGUCAAAAACAGGUAUCUUUUAGUUUCUCCCGGAGUUCAUUCAUUAGAUCAAGAACUAUUGAAAUUGAAAUAAAUUGAUUUGAUGACCGAUUCAGUGAUGUAUUUGUCAAUUUUAGAUUUCGUACCAAAACAGGCCCCAGCAUAGUGGGUUUACCCCCCCAGAAAAAUAAAAAGUAAAAGAAGUCAAUAGUGGGUGCUGGCUAGGACAAAAUUGACAGGCACUAGUCUACUGGGAUGCUGUGUUGUAUUCAGUUGAGCUUGACCCAGACAGGCAGGGGUGAGGUUGCCUGCCUCUUAAUGAUUUUAAGCUUUUGUGGGGUGGAUCGACAUUUACAAUCUUAUCACACAAGGAACUUGUCUGCUACAACUUUUUCUGUUCACUAAUGGAUUGGGUUUUUUCGUUCUUUUUACUUCUCAUUUGACAAGUCUUGUUACUAGUUAUGUAUUUUCUACUGGUUUUAUAUUAUCACAUUCAGGCCUGUGUUCUACACAAUACCUCCGUCUCUCGCCCCAUAUGUUGGUUUUAGCAAAAUAUCUUGUUGUUUAUAGGUGUGGCAAAGAGUAUCUAUGUAGCAAAUUUGUGGUAUGUAAAAACAACUUUUUAAGUUGCAGGUGAAAGUUGUUUUUUUAAAAUCUGUACAAAGCAAAAUUACUUCGUUUCUAAUUGUCUGUUGAAAUAUUUGUUUUGUUGAUGUCCACGUAAGGAAAAACAAAUUGUUGUAUUGCUUUUUAUUUUAUAAUUUUUUCAUGUAUAUUUUAUUCAAUUGUUGUACUGUUUUUACACUCGUUGAAUGUUGUCUUCACCUUUGUUAAGCAAGUCUUUCUUUGCCCCAUUUCCUACAUGCCCCCACCCCCUACCCCCCUUCUACCCUUCACUCCAGUUAUGAAAUAGAAAUUUCUUUAUCAUUUUUCUCAAUGACAUUGCUGUUUGGGAGGCUACUUGCCAGAAAUUUGGUCAGUUGUUUUUUUUGGGUGUUUUUUUUGCAGCCAGACUUUGUUUCAGUAAAAAAAACAACAGUUUAUUUGUCAGCUGUCACAUUUAUAAAUUAUGAAGGUGGUUGGAGGGCACCACUGGUGUGUCCCACUAAUUUUCUAUCUCUUCUUUUUGUUUCUGACUGCCUUUUCUUGCUUUUUCUUUGCACUUAGCUGCGCUGCUCUUUACUCAAACAAACAAACAAUACAUUUAUAUUUCUUUUUGCUUACAGUUGUGUAAGUUCCCCGAUUCCCCCCCAAAAGUCCCCUCACCAUGACAGCUGAUGGCAUUUUUUUUUUUAGUAAGGGGUUUUACAGCGCUUGCAACUGCAUAAGGUCAUAUCUGAAUCUGUUCACAGUUGUAUGUACAGGAGAGAGCUGGCCUUUGUCAUACAAAGAAGUAUUGUGAGCACAGUCCACCGAGAGAGACUAUCUUAUGAUUUUCCUUGAAUUUAGCUUUUUUACGUCAAGGACUGAAAAAUAACAAUUUCAUGUCGAGAACUAAGAAAAAAGUUGUGAAAGUUUGUUAGGUUAAUUAUAAAUAUUGGGCGUAAAGUAUACAUCAUCUGUAUCAUACCGAUGAUUUUUUGUUUUAAAUUUCUUGUGCGAACAAAAAUUCCUGUCCCUGCCACCCAUUCAAAUACUUUACAAAUUGAAGAGGACAAUUAGUCUAGAGUGGUGCUCGUCCCAGUGACAUGCCAUUUGUCUAGGUUUUUAAAAAAUGUCAUACUCUGUUCCUCUCAAGAGCCUAAAAUGCUUUUUUCUUUGCAUUACCGUCAAACCCCACCCCCACUGCCCUCAAUGAAAAAAGAAGAGUGUGAAAGUAUUACUGUCGCGAAUACUGAUUAUUGUGGGUUUUUUAAUCCCCCAUUCCUUUUUGUCCCCCAAAACGUACUGUUCGUUUGUUGUUAAUGGUAACUGUCACAAACUGAGUGGCUCAUUCUGGGAAAGUUAAUUUGACUGGAGAUGGAAAAUCUAACUCUGUCAGGCUGUAUAGAAUCUGACAGUUGGUUUUUAAGAAUUUAAUUUGGUUCCAGGGUAAAAUUCACAAGUGAUGCCCCUGAUUUAGAGCUGCAUGCUGAUAACGAAAUGUGAAAAGCAAAAUGUAUGGGGAAUCUCAGACUUUGCUGCUUUGUCCCUGAUGUUAAAUUCCAGUUAUGACCAAUGUUGUAUGAUUUCAGCCUGGAUGGAUAACCACAUUACAUCGGCAAGUAUAUUUUCAGCAGUUUCUUCUAAUGGCUUGAUCUCUCAAAGCUAUUGCCUUCACUUGGCGCGGUUCCAGUGAAUUAAGUGCUCAUGAAAUUCUAAUUUCAGAGUACUCGGUUGUUGUUAGGUGCCUGCUCAAAGAAUUGUUUUACAUUACUCAUUAUUUUUUUGCUAUCAUUUCAUGAACAAGAAUGACUUUGAAGGCUAAGCUCCGGGUGUGUUCUGUUUCAUCGUACAGUGUUGUCUGCCUGAGGGGAACCCUCUUGGGAAGCAAGCAGAGGUUGUUGCUAACUGAAUUUUUUAGAGGGGUGGGGGGGGACUAUAAACUUCAAAGAUAAUCCCUACUCCCACCCCUUCCCAUAUGUCAGCCCAGGGAGUCCUUCUCUCAGGAUAUGGUUAUGUUGCCUUGUCAGAAAGUGACAACUCACUGUUCCUCCAGCAUCAGGGAUAAUGUUCUACACCCAGUUGCUGAAACUUUUCCCAUUGGCAUCAGUGUAGCGGUUAAGUGCUCACCUGUCAGAUGCAGGAGACCUGAGUUUAAUUCCUGAGUGGGGAGGAAUUUUUUUUCGAGUAUCUUGGUUUUUCUCUGCCCGGGUCAGCCCUGACAGGCAGGUACGGAAGCCCACUUCAAGUUAGUACUUAGCAUAAUGAUGUUAAUUGUGUUGAAAUGGGUGUAAAAUCAAGAAUUCCUUGAUGUUAGGUGGAGGUUGCUCUUAUUUGGGUUGCUGUUAAUUGGACAGCGCUGUACUAAUGCAUUCCCUCUGUUUUAGGAGCUUGUGCCAAAAACCCAUCUGUCAUGAUCAGUCACUUGUGACUGGGGUUGUUUUUUUUGCAGGAUGAUAAACAACAGAAUGUCAAAGUUCACUCCUGACUAAAGUUAAAGUUAAAGUCUUUUUGUGAUCAGUUUAUACUUAACCUCCAUAACUUAUUUGAAAAUGGUGUGAAAUAUAGUGCAACCACUUUUUCCCCCCAUACAGGUGGCUCCAAAGUUUUACUGUUUUGAUUCAAACUUGGAGGUUUUUAUGCGUUGAAAGGUUUUUUUUGUUUUUUUUAAAGAUUCAUGAAAAAAGAAUUGUUUAUGAAGUGGUGCAUAAUCAGACUAUAACUAUAACAAAUACGGUACUUGAGUUUUCAAGUAGAUCUAGUAGUAGAAAAAAAUUGGUGACUACUUUCCUCUUUCAUCAUGUGGGUUGGUUGAGUCUUACCUUAAUCUGUUGUCAUGUUGUAUGCAUCCUUUGCACACUUUCAGUGGCUGGAAAUUUGUUGUCAAAGCUUGUUUUAUAAUAAAGAAAACAAUAUUAAAUAUUAAUAAUAACCCCCUUUUCUUAUAUUGCUAUACUACUACUAGUUAAGUAUUGAAUGUUGGUUCCUUCUAACCUUUGUCCUAUUUGUCUUAUUGCUGAAUGUUGUAUCUCAAGCUUCAUGUCAUGUUGCAUUUCCCAAUGAUUUCCCUUUGAAUAUGUUUUCUACCUAUUAUUGUCAUAACAUUGAUAGUUGACUUUCCAGACAUGUCAUCGCUUUACAUCUUCAGCCUACCAUGUUCAUUUAUAUUCUUCUGAUUGUGUUCAACACAAAGAAAAUAAUAAGAAUUAAAUAUUGAAUUAACGUUACAACCAA